GCCGAUAACCACAGCAGUUCAGCCACCACCGCCGCUCUUGAGAUCCAUCGCCGAUCUCUGGCCUCCAUCGCUCUUGAGAUCCACAGCCUUCAAUCUCUGGCCUCCACCGCCGCAACACCACCAGUUCGUUCAGAUUUCAAGAGAAACAAGUAGUUAGCAAGCGGGUGAACUGAAGCUAAAGCCUAAAUCUGGACAAUGGAAGGUACCGAUUCACAGUCCACACCAACAAAUGAAGGAUCGGCAUCAAAGUCAAGUUCUGAAAAUGUUAGGCAAAAAACUGAUAUAGCUUGGAGAUAUGCUAUAGAAGGACAAGAUUCACAAGGUAGAAGAAUUUUGAUAUGUCAAUGGUGCAGUAGUAUUUUUAGAGGGGGAGGUAUUAAUCGAGUGAAGCAUCAUCUUGCAAAAGUAAAGGGUAAUGUGGCUCCAUGCAAAAAUGUGCCAAAUGAUGUUCAGCAGAUAAUGGAAGAUUCAUUGAACGAAAAUGUUAAAAAAGCAAAAGAGAAAAAAGGGAUAUUUGAAAUUGGAAAUCCAUUGGGCCGAAGUGUAGCGGGAUUUGAAGAUGAUGAUAUUCAAGAAAUUCCUCAUCCAAAAACAAAGACUCAAACUAACAUGAGUGGGAAUAAGGGAAAAAGAAAGGCACAUGGCAUUGAAUCUUAUAUGACAGGUAAAUCUCUUGAUCACUCUCAACCGAGUAUCAAGUCUUGUAUGCAAAGUAAAGAGAGAUGGCAUGAUACUGACAUGGCUAUAGCUUUGUGGUUUUAUGAUGCAUGUAUUCCAAUGAAUGCUUGUAAUUCUCCCUAUUACCAACAAGCAAUUGGAAAAAUAACAAGUAUGGGUCAUGGUUAUCAAGGACCUAGUUAUCAUGCUUUAAGGGUAACUUUGUUGAAAGAUGCAAAGAAGCAAGUUGAAUUAAUUGUUGACAAUCUACGUAGUAAAUGGGCUGAAACUGGUUGCACAAUUAUGGGUGAUGGCUGGAAGGAUAAUAGGCAAAGAAGUUUGAUCAAUUUUUUGGUCUAUUGUCCUAGUGGGAUCUCAUUUAUCAAAUCUGUUGAUGCUUCAGAUUUUGAGUCUAAUGCUGAAUAUUUGUGCAAUCUGUUUUCAGAAAUUGUUGAGAUUGUUGGAUCUAGUAAUGUUGUUCACAUGGUCACAGAUAAUGCAAGUAAUUAUAAAGCUGCCGGUCGAUUACUUUCUGAAAAAUAUCCUACAAUUAGUUGGUCUCCUUGUGCAGCACAUUGUUUGAAUUUAAUUAUGAAAGAUAUUGGAGAAAUGACUCAUGUGAAAGAUGUAAUUACUCUUGCUUCAAGAGUCACUGUGUAUGUUCAUAAUCGAAAGUGGAUUCUUAGUUGGUUAAGAAAAAGGCCUGGUUGGAGAGAGAUUCUUCGUCCUGCGGAAACACGAUUUGGUACUAAUUUUAUUGCUUUGAAGAAUCUUCAUGAUUUGAAACAACAUUUGGAGGCUUUAGUGACUUCUAGUGCAUACAAGAGAGAGUUGAAAAAUGAAAAAGGUAAAGAAGUCAAACAAAUUGUUGUUGAUGGGAAGUUUUGGAAUAAUUGUUUGAUUAUUGUGAGAAUUAUGGGUCCAAUUAUGCGCUUGUUGCGCAUUUGUGAUUCUGAUGAAAAACCAUCAUUGGGUUAUGUAUAUGAAGGCAUGUGGAGAGUUGUUAAUGGCAUUAAAGAGCUGUUUAAGAACAAGAAAAAGUUCUAUGGUCCAUACAUUGAUAUAAUUGAUAGGAGGUGGGAUAAUAUGUUGAAAAAAGAUCUUCAUGCAGCUGCCUUUUGGUUGAAUCCGGCCUUUCAAUAUGAUAAGGAUAGCCCUUGUCACAUGCCUGAGAUUAUGAAAAGUGUUUUAGAAGUCAUGCAAAAGCUAAAAAUGGAUGGACUUCAAUAUAUGAUGGAUGAAAUAUCAAUGUUUAGGUCAAAGGAUCAAAGUUUUGGAUUUGAAUUUGCUCAAAAUACUCACAAAACUGCCCGUCCAGAUGAGUGGUGGAAAUUGUUUGGUAAUGAUGCUCCACAUUUACAAAAGUUGGCAAUUAAACUCUUGAGCCAAACAUCUUCUUCUUCGGGAUGUGAACGCAAUUGGAGUGUAUUUGAACGCAUCCAUACCAAAAAGAGAAAUAGACUUGAGCAUCAAAGGCUUUCAUAUAAAAAGAGGUCUUAUGAUCCGGUGGAUUAUGAAACUAUUGAUAAAGUUGAAUUUUGGGUAAUUGAUGAGGAACAAGAAGGAGAGCUUGAUUAUGAUGAGUUAGAAGAAAUGAUUGAAGAAGAAUUUCCCAAAACUAGCGAGAAUGAAGCCUCUCAAUCACAUAAGAAAGACACAAAUAUUGUGCAACUUGAUGAUGAGGAUGAUGUUGAUGAUAUCGACUUCGAAAGUUAUGAAAUUGGAGAUAAGGAUGAUGAGGAUGAAGAUGAAGAAUGGCUUAGAUAGUUCUGUGGAACAUGGUGUUUUAUUUAGAUUGAUAUUAUCAAGCAUUUGAACAUGAACUUGUUACCUUAUUUGGAUUGCUAUUUGUUAAUGAUUGAACAUAUAUGGGAUUUCUAUUUUAUAAAUUUGUGAGUUUGGAUGAAUUUGGUGAAUUGUUUGAUGAAUUAGAUAUAAAUUUAGAUGACUGGGUUCUUUGGUUA